AUGCGUCGCAGCGCAUAUUCUGGAGUCCAGAGUCUGGAUUCCGUUUUCGGAGUCGGUGCAGGGUUCGAUGCAUCGCAGUGCCUGCUCUCCACAUUCUGGAUUUUGGAUCGGACCUCUGCACGCUCCGAUGCGUUGCAGCCCCUGCGUUCUGGAGUUUGGAUUCCGGAUUCGGAGUCGUUGCAGGGUUUGAUGCAUCGCAGCGCUUGCCUUCCAGAUUUUGGGUUCCAGAUUGGACCUCUGCAGGCUCUGGUGCGUAGCGGCGCCUACAUCUCAGGCUGCGGAGUGCGGACUUGGAGGGGCUGCAGGCUCUGA